CUUGUUGAGACAAAUUACAUUUAUUUUGUCAGACUUCCUAUGCAAUAUAUUAACUUAGAGGAUCCUGUUGACUCAUUUGACAGGCAUAAUGUAGAACUAAGCUGUACAAGACAGAUACCAGCCCCUGGGCUCUAUAAAGUUAGCUGGUCUUAGCUAAAUUAACAGUAGGGUGUCCCAAUUAGAGUCAGUGCUCUGGGCUAGAGACAGCAAAUAGCAUUUAGAGUUCCACUCACCAGUGAACCCAUUGAAAAAUAUGCGUGAAUUCUCCACCUUAUUUUACAUUUAUUAAUAUUUAAUUAUAAUCUGUCAAUCAAUAGUUAAACUGGUGAGCUUCUCCAGACCCUUUUAAACAUGACAUUUUCCUUUACUCAUUGAUGGGAUGACCAUAUUAUGUAGGGUUUGAAACGUAACUCUAUAAAUAAUCCCUGCCCUCCAAAGUUCAUGAAACUUUUUUUGCGAUGAAGGCAAUCCUGUAGAAUAUUGAAAUGAUGUGUCGAGUUACUACCGUCAUCAAUCUGAAAACACCUUCUCUCCACAGAUGUUGUCUGACCUGCUGAAUAUUGUUAACUUCUGUUUUUUUUAAAAUUCACAUUUGAAGCAUUUGUAUCAUUUUACUUUCCUUUAGUAUAAACGCGAGCCAUUUGACCAUUCAGGUAUCCAAAUAGAGCUUUGAGUGCCGUAUCGCAUCAUUUCCUUUUACACGAACGGGAGAAUAUAAAUUUUACAAAUUAAGAUAAUCAACAGAAAUAAAAUGUACGUGGAAAUAUUGAAUAUCCGGAAAUAUCAUUGAAAAAUCACGAGUGAAACUGCUUAGCUCAAUCCAGAAGUUUUUUUUUAAAAGACGCUACGUUAUUCUGACUCACUGUGACCAAGUUUUAAAAUCAAGACCAGACUUUUGUUUCACGAAAAAAUUGCUAAACAAAAUGCAAAGUACAGCACCCAAAUGAUGCCCGAGAGAGUGAGCGAUGAGGUGCCGAUCUCUAUUUGCCGUGGGAAUAAUGCUAUCCAAAAGCUGACUAGCACCAGCUGCUGCUUGACAUCACUGAGAUUUGAGUUUGGGUGAAGAUGCGGUUACAUGUCGGUGCUGCCACGAUUUGCAGCGACAGGGAGGAAAAGCACACGUCAGAUGCUGAAAUGAGUCUUUAUUUUUCUUUCUCUGAGCUGUUGAUUGACCCGGUGAUGAUAAUAGGUGGGUGAUGGAUGAAAUUUUACGUACUACCCCAUGCCGUCGCGCUUGCUGUAUUCUUUUCCCCCAUGACGAGGUAACGGCAACACAUAGAUGAAAUUGGAGGGCGCACUCUGAAGAACGGGAGAAUGAAAGUGACGGCUUUCGGCGACAUAGGAAACGGUGGAUCUACCUGGAGGAGAACACGGUGAGAUUUGAAAUUUUGAGGGGAAAAAAGGCAUAUUUGAACCCCGGCAAGUCUGACCCAGCAAGCGAAGGGAGACAGUUCCGCCUGCGGAAGGGUGACGAUCAGUCAGGAGUAGACAGGCUGAGGUUCCCGGAAGAGAUCCUUUGAUCGAAAGUGACAAAUGAAAAUAAAGGAAAUUUUAGAAACAGUUGGCGAGAGAGGUGAGCUGGGAAGCUGCGGGGAGAGAAAAGCGAAUAAACGGCCACUAUUUGCGAUCUGUAGAGAGAUCAGAUCACCAGUUCCAGACGACACUAGACCGGAUCGGAUAGAGAGACUCACAGACGGGGACACAGUGGAGAUCAGUGCAGCAGGAGCAAGAUACAAGCCGACCAAGAUCGAGUGACAGAUACAGCCAGGCUCAAAUCAGCCCGAGAGAGGCAAAUCUAUAAGGGUCAGAUGAAACUGUAAGAGGAGACAGCACCAGCACUCAGUUAAGAAGAAACAAGAGAUCAUCAGACCUCUGGAUUUCUAUGGAGGAUGAAAGUGCGAAUUUGGAUUGUUUAUGUAGCCCUGUUUUUAACAGUGCAUCUACUUUCCCCAGGGUUGAGAAAAUGUAUGUCCUAUCUUGGAGGUGAACAGCUUUUUUUUAAAUAACUGACGCAUUCUCCAGCUGGAUUAGAUCUCAGACCCGAUUCUUAAAACAGAUUUUAUAGAGAGAUAUGUAGGAAAAUACCGCUGUAUGAAAAUUAACAAAGGAUUGAAUUGUGCAAAGGAACCCAGCUUUCACUCUGAGAAGGUUAAAGCCCACAAGUGAUCAUAAACGGAAGGACUGAUGCAUUCGAUGCUUGGGAACUUUUCGUUGGAAACUUUUUCAGAAGUCGACACAUUAACGCGUGGAUUUAAAAAGAAAUUCUCUCCCAUGGAGACCCUGAAUCCGGCGGCCAGCCCGAUGGUCCCGAUAAUCAGGCUGGUUAAGGACAACGAGUUGCUGUGGAGAAAAUUCCAUUCCGUAGGCACCGAAAUGAUAGUGACAGGCAGAGGAAGGUGUUUGUUCCCAACUAUUGUGGUCACUCUGCAUGGGCUGGACCCAGAAAAGUCAUACACACUUAUGGUGGAUAUGGAGUCAAGCAGUGAUCAACGCUAUACCUACAUGCAAGAACGAGGCUGGUGUCCAUCUGCUCCAGCCCGACAACAGCAAUCAAGUGGUGUAUAUAUCCACUCAGAUACACCAGCCCUUGGAGCUGAGCUGAAUGAGAAACCUGUAUCUUUCAAAAUGCUCAAAAUCUGCACAGCAAAUGGGAUUGGAAAGAAAGGCAUGAUUCCUCUGACUCCGAUGCACAAGUACAGGCCCCGAAUUCACUUAAUUCAGAAUGCUGAAGAGCUCAAAUCUAAGCUUUGCUCCUGGACAUAUUGCUUCCCAGAAACAGAGUUUAUAGCUGUGGGUCAUUACCACAGCAAAAAGAUGAAGAAGAUGAAGAUAGAGUAUAACCCUUAUGCCAAAGGUGCUCUACCACAUAACAGAAGACAGAACAAAACACCUCAAAGCGUGAUAGUUGAAGGCAUUGACUGCGGGAAUAGACGCAGCUCCUCCACCAUGUUGGCCUGCCUUCAGCGAACACAGAACCCACCUUCGCAACGUUUAUCAUGUCCCAGUAAAACACUGGAAUCUGUGAAAUGUGAGUCAGUCGCACCCACGCAUUCUCCAAGGUAUCCUAGUCCAGCUGAACUUGAUGCUUAUGCCCAGAAAGUGGCUAACAGCCCACUAACAAUCAAGAUCUUUCCUACAAAUAUCAGGGUUCCUCAGCAUAAGCACCUUAACAGGACUGUAAAUGGCUAUGACACAACAGGACAACGGUACAGUCCAUACCCUAUACACUCUGGAGGAUAUCAGGGUCUUUUAGCAAUUGUGAAGGUGCACAGUAAAAGUGUGGUGAAAAAUACAGAUGGCAAGAGGACACGAAUGUCCCCAGCACAAGUCGGAAAUGGCAACAUCGGACCCUACCCGGUGCCAAGCACUUUAGCGCAGAGUCAAUCGUGUACUGGGCAAGCAAGUUACCACAACAGCCAGAAAUCUUUGGAAGGACCUGCUCCACCUAAUGUAACUGUUGCUACAUCUGUUAUUCCAAUUGGAGGACGUAGCUUGGCUCUACAGCAGUCAAAUCUCCCCUCUAUUCAAAGUAUCAUCUACCAGAUCAACCAGCAAUGCCAGGCUCAGGCAUCACAACAAGCUUCAGCUGCAGUCUGUCAGGGCUCUCUUGUCACCAAUCCAAGCCCAAUCACAGUAGCCAGCCGCAAUACAGUCAACGGCUUUACCAGUAUGAUUAAUGGAAGUGUGAUGUAUGCUGGAAAUGUUGUGUCUGAAUGCCGUGGAGGAGCAGCUGCUUCAGGUUUAGCUGCUGCAGUAGGUCCUAAACCUGGGGCCUAUCCAGAUGGAAUGGAUUAUUUACUAUGGCAACAGAAACAACAAAUCCGUAUAUAUUCUGGCAGUGGUGGUGGGGGAAUAAUAAGUAAAUCACCAGAGAUUUGUGGUGCUCCACGACAAUACACUUUGGCACCUACUGUUGAAAAAGUUCCUUCAUCUCCCUUGAACUGUGUGGGCAUGCACUGCAACUUUUCAACGGGGCAGUAUUUGGCUGCCCCUUGGAACAGCGUACUGGUGACACCAGACAGUGACUGUUAUAACCCACAGGACCUCACAAAUGGCCACCGUGACCUUGUUCAUCCUUCAGAUGGGCUCACCACUGUCUCAAGUAGAACGCUAUGUAAUACCUCUAUCCUCAGCAGUAGUCUGCAGUCACUGGAAUAUUUGAUCAAUGACAUUCACCCUCCCUGCAUUAAAGAGCAAAUGUUGGGUAAAGGAUAUGAGACUGUAUCAGUACCUCGAUUAUUGGACCACCAAAAUGCUCACAUUCGGCUACCUGUUUACAGAUAGAGAAUUGCAGUUUGGAAAAAAUAGAAUGAUGGUGUUAAAUCUUUUAUAGAUAUACACAGAAGCCUCCAGCCUCAAAACAGCAAUCAAAGGCAAAUGAAGUCGAGUGUUUUAAAAUGUCCCAGGGAUUGCAAGAUGCUGAAAUGAGUUUGGUUUGGACAAAAGUAUCGAAUCUACUGGUGUUAACAAUGAAAGAUGGCUUUUUAAAAUUCCAAUAAAAUGGGGAUUGGGGUUAGCAUUGGACAUCAGAGGACAAGAUGCUGUCAGAAAUGUGCAGAAAGCUUUGCCGUGUGUGCUGAUGAGUCUGCAUGCAGAAAAAUUUAAAUUUCCAAUCCUGCACUGAAUUCUGUGAACAUGUAGUCCUAGGAUCCUCGCCCUGGUUGCUUCGUCAUUGUCAUCUUCAAUUUGCUGUGGUUUCAAAAGAUGAGCUACUGCCAGAUUUCCUAGUGAAGAAUAGUUAUUGCACUGUAUUGGAAUAAAGAUAAACAUGGGGACUGACCAGAAAAUUAUAAAAGAAAGUAACUUGGAAAACUUGAACCUAAUUCUUUAACUCUUAUUUGAAAUUUUCAUUGUGUUGGCUGCUACAACAAAUAACUUAUACUUUUAAUUUUAAAAAUGUUAAGGUAAUUUCACUUUAGGGAAUUGCUAGUUUUAAAGUUUUUUGUAAUGAAAUAUAUACCCACAUUGUGCUAAAAUAGCAUAACAAGCUGUGAGAAGGUAUAAGGGUUGACAGUCUUGAUAAGUGCACUCAGAAGAAUGUGCUACGCAUUUAUUGAUAUUUCCAUAGGGCGAGGAAACAUAUUAGAUGUAAAUGAAUUUGUAAGAGCACAUACCUACAAAAGCCGAUUGUGUGUAUGUACUGGCCCUUUUGUUUUAACUUUCUACAUUGGAGGGGAAAGAAAAGAGACCUCUUACGUAUUGCAGAACAUCCUGAUGUGGAGUGCUGCUUUACUGAGAAACUGUAGUUUUUGGCAACUGUAAAAUUAUAGCAGGCUAUACCAAAUUACUGCAAAUAGCCAAGCUGGCAAUGAAACCAAGCCUAUGUUGUUAUUUGUUGUAGACCUCACUAUGGUCCACCAGAUAAUGUUUUUUUUCUUCUUCCACUUCCUUCCCAUCAUAUAACCUUUGCUGCUCCUAGUACUUUCUAAUAUUAUUAUUCAGUUAGCUAUUAAGCGCUGCAUGACUAGGAGUUUAGUGACUCAGAGGGCCAUUAAUACUUUUAAAAGUGUAAACUCCCUCCCCACACUCCUUAGAAUUCGCUAGUAGCCACCACUGAGCAGCUACCUUAAACCAACAGUAAAAGGAAUCUUAAAGCUACAUCUUGUGUUGGAGCUGAUAAUUUGGCUUUCAUAGUCAAAUUCCAAACAUCAAAUUUUUAAUUUCGGAGAGUUAUCAAAAAGUAACUUUUCACUUAACCAAAACAAGUUACCUAGAAAAAUUAGUCAGUUAUUUUAACAGAUUGUAUUUUAAUCCACAAAUAUUGAAGCACUGUAAUAAGCUGUGGCUUGCAGUUCCGUAUAUAUUGCCAGAAAAUACACAUUUUUCUUUAAUUGUUCAAUAUCUUCUAGGCUGUAAGUAUUCAGAUCACCACUGCAAUUGCAUAACUGUUUAUUUCCUGUACUAUUUAAUGUCUGGCAAGAUUACUUUGGAUGAUAAAAGCUUUAAGUUAAUUGUUACACAUUAAUUCAUGCAGAGUUAAAAAGCUUCUAAUUGACUAUUUGCAAAAAAGAAAACACAACAGGAUAUUAUGCUGGGUACGAAGCAUCUUAUGAUGAGAGAAUUUCACCCUGCCAUAUGUGGAGUUAACAGGUGUCCAGAAUCUAUGAAGUGUUAUAUUUUUGUUUCAUUUUGCGGUUCAAUGGGGACAACAGGCUCUGGCAUUCUUUCCAGUUUUUCUAUUUCUCUCUUUUUCACCCACCCUCCUCCUUUAUCACUCAGCACCCCCAUUCCCACCACCCCACCGCCAAUUCGACUAAGUCAAUAUCUUCUGUUUAUCAUCAAUAUUUUCACACUAUUUCUAUUGCAUGUUUUAACCCAGAAAAUGAGGAACAGGAGGUUGCAGAUUUAUUUAUAUCUGUUUUGUUAGUAAACAACAGGAGGGCAGACAGAAGAUAGUUGGAUGGUUGUAUUCUUUCCUUUUUCUAAUUUUACUUCCUCUACUACCACCCCUCACCGUUUGGAGUCCUUGUUCUUGUGGAUUGAAGUAUUAACUUCUACUUGAUUCAAUCCAAAUGUCCACUGCUUCAGUCAUGUUUUGGAUGCUGCUAUUUCACAGCUUGUUGAAACAAAAGGUAGAUAGAUCAGCAUCUAUAAGAUGAAAAUUCAAGAUAUACAUUUCAUCAGACCCACAUAAUUAUCUUAUUUUUUGUUACAGAUGUUGAUGGACCAAUUGUAGAUUUCCAACAAUUUCUGCUUGUAUAUUAGCAUCCAAAACAAUUCAUGUUUCACGAAAUUUCCAUCUUUUCUAUUCUUUCUAGUUAGAAACCACACCAUAAUAGGUCCAUGUACCUUACUUUUCUACAACUUGAGAUUUUGGAUAGAAAUGAGAGUAAACUUUACAAUGACUACAAGUACUUCCCACGGUUGUGUAACACCUGUAAGGAUCUGAUGAAAUUCAGCCACCAAAUUUCACUAAGGUUCAAUGUAUAAUUCAUAGUCUAGAAAUCAGAUGCCCAAUUUGAAUGUGAUUAUUUGAAUUGGCUUGCACAGGAGUUUGCUGAGCAAUUUAUAUGGCAACAAAUAUUCAAUACUUUCAGAAGUACUGGGUUUUACAAGUUGUGUUUUUAAUCUCUGCCUAGUUCUGUUAGAUGCUGAUUGUUUUAAUUUUUAUUUCAUUAGUUGAUUUCAAAAUCUGUAUAUAUUCUUGUUCUGUUUUAUCUACUGUGCACACAUUAAGUAUCUAGCCUAUAUUUAGUAUGAGAGGAAAAAUAACAAUGGCAAUUGCCUUGCACAAUGCGACUAAUAGUAUAGAGACUAAAAGGAAUGUGACAUCAGGAACAUUUAUGUUUCAAAAACUGAGAGAGAGUUAGGGUAUUUUACCGCAUUUCUGAUCAUUGAAUCACUUGAUUUUCACAUGAUUAGUAAUAGUGUACAAGUAUGGUCAACAUUGAUACCUGUCAAAUAUGUGAGUGGUAGACACUGGGGAUGUGAUAAUUCAUUAUCACAAGGGCAUUAUAUUUUGCACCAGCAUAACUUGGCAGUUACAAACCACGAAUGGUUGAUUUUCCACUUUAGCCACACUGAAUAAAUUCUGGGAUGACUGAUCUGGCUAACCACCUGAUGUGAAAAAGCUCAUUAGGAUGGUCAAUUUAUACAUUGUCUUUGCAUGCCUGGACCUGAUUUCAGCUGCAAUAUGGAAUGCAUGUUUGUCCAGCCAACUGACCAUGAAAACCCUGUAUGCAAUCAGUUUAGGACGCAGCCUCAUUUCUAAUUUUAUGUGGUUAUAAGACCAUAGUUCAAAAUAUUCUGACAUUCAGUUGAAUGUGAAAAAAAAACUAAUAUUGAAAGAUCCUUUAAGUCUUGCGUUUUGGUGACAUAAAUGAAGGUUCACUCUACAUCUCUGACUUUGGAAAACAUAGUUAACCAUUGGUGUAAAAAUUGAAGAACACUCCAACUUCUUACUAAGUACAUCCUAACCUCAGUAAAACUUUACACCGAUGUGUCAGUGAUAAUAUUUUGUAUCUUUGCUAUUUUCCAAAAUAUUGGCAACAGUGAAUUUAUAAAUUAAUGUGCCAGCCUUUACUUUAUGACAUAAGUAUUUGGUGCAGCUAGAAGUCUCAUGAGUUAUAAGGCUGCACAGGAUGUGGACUUCAUUGGCUAGGCUAGCAAUUGUUAUCCAUCCCUAAAGGCCUUGAAAACUUGGUGUGCACCCAAACAGAACUACUGCUAUAGUUAGGGUAGUAGGUACACGCACAACAUAGAAAAGUAAUCUUUGCAUUUAAGAAAUUGGAUCAGGCUCAAGCGAGAACUUGUUGGUGAGAAGAGGACAAGUGAAUUAUUCACUGCCCAUCAUUAUGCUUUGAUCAGAUAUGCAUUUGUACAUGUCUGAUCUUAAUCAGGGUUUUAAUACAGUAAAAGUUUUAAAAAGAUACAUCUCUUCCUACCCAAUCCAUUAUAGUCAGGAACAAUAGAUGAAAACCCUCUAUCCAAGAAUAAUUAUUCUGUAGUGAAACUCCUCAAUUACAAAAUAUUCUGACUUGUCAGAAUACAAUUUUUAAGUACCGUCCUUUUUUCCCCUCUGCCUUCAUCUCUCAAGAAGUGGAGAUGCUGGAGUUGGACUGGGGUGGACAAAGUCAAACAUCACACAACAGCAGGUUGUAGUCUG